UCCAACGCAUAGUUGUGUCAUACCUUUUUAAUAACUAAUAGGUAGUUUCAACUGGCAAUAUUUCGCGGAUAUCAAAUUUUAUUUAUUUACGUUUUUCGGAGUGGGAAAACGCGCACCAUAGCAGCUCGAUUUAAAACGAAUUUUCGUAACUUAAAUGACGAUUUUUUUUAAAAUGAUAUCUUUAGUAUUUGUUCUCCUUACUUUAAUAUCAAUUCCCGAGUUGAUGUUAUUCGGUAGUGAGAAUCUGGACUAAGGGUGCUCGAUAUCUCGCAUCUUGCUUCGUCAAGGCGUUGGUCAAAUGUUGAAACUGACGGUUUGCAUCAUCAGUUCUGACGUGCCUUAGUUCCAUGGCAACCUCACAGUGAAACGAUGAGCUGAGACGUCAGUAGGCGGGACAACGGCUUUCAUCUAUCACUACGGCCGAUUACAGAUGUCAUAAAUCACAAACAUUCGCUCACAAUCCUAACACACCCCACACACCCGUUCACAUUAGCAUGUGAAUACAGCUCCUUUGUUUGAAUAUCUGCUCACGAGAACUAAAUAGGACAGAAAGCUCUGGACGCUCCACAAACGCAGUUGCCUCACGUCCGUGCCAUUCUUUUCCUUUCUUCCGCUUCCGGACUAAGGCUCAUUGUGUUGCUGCUUUACAAGUUAAACCUGAGAGUAAAUUUUAAUCUCCCUCUGCUUUGUUGUUUCACCGUGAACAAAACAACCAGUUCCGAUCGCAAAGAAUGGUGUUAGCAUUCAAAUUAAUUGACAGGCAGAUGCACAGGUGUACAAACACAGGUUGCAGACGUUCAACGGCCCACAUAAAGACUCGUGGGUGUUCUGUGUCCAAUAAAGAGCCAGUGACUGCUGGUCAUCGACUGACACCCAGUCGGAGUUCUUCUCGAUACAGCAAAGAACGUUCCUUAUUCCAGAGUGAUGCUGCUGGCUAUCUUCAUCGUCACCUUGGCAGGCGUCAACGCCUAUGUCAACGAGUACGACCAGCCCUUCACCUUCAAAUGUCCAGCCAGUCGGGUCCUCUCCUCCAUCGCCAGCGUCAACCACAACUACUACGAAGAUCGUAUAUGGGACUUCGGCUGUACUAUUCAUCCACUGGAAGCCUCCAUAACUGACUGUGAAUGGACAUCUACCUAUGCCAAUGAAUUCAAAGAGGCAAUGGUCUUCCAGUGUACGGGAGAAGGUUUCAUCACCGGAGUAGAGAGUUACCAUGACAACCGCUACGAAGACAGACGCUUCAAAUUCCAGUGCUGCCAAAGUCCUCGUACCGUUGUGCAUUCCUGCUACUUCACAACAUGGACCAACAACUUUGACGGAAACCAAAACUUUUCUCUUCCCAAAGGAAAGCUUCUGAGAGGAGUCGUCAGCAUCUACGACACAUACUACAAGGAUCGUCGUUACCAGUUCGAAAUUUGUGACGUUAAUAACCAACCGUAUUGAGCAGCUCAAGCACCUAUCAGCUGACAAGUCUUUCCCUGUGUCUUCGUUCCACUGCUCUGCAUUAAUGACGGAGCUAGUGCUCGACUAACUCGGGUGGAAUUUCGUUUCGAGAUGUAACGGAUGUAACCCAAGUUAAAAUAAAUUUCUUUCCAGAGCGCGAGAGUGUAUGUGUGUUUCUUUGUGAAUGAUGAGGAGGAACGGCACUCGUGUACACUGAAAACUGCCAAUCAUUCAUUUCAAUUACGAAGUAAACUGUUUUCCGCCACAUCAACUCUUCUGGGAUUUGGUCCACCUCCGGGGAUUUUAUUCCCCUCAGCCUCCAAAUAGGCCAAUUGAUCUCUUCCUAAAUGACUUUGCAGGACUGAGAGUUGUAAAGGUCGGUACAGUACUACGUCCGCUGUUCAAAGUCUUGUCAUCCGAGAGCUCGACCCUCUGUCUUUGAUGCCUGACGUUUUCUGCUGACCCUCAUGGGUGAGAGUCGUAAGACCUUGCUGUUGUCACCCCAGGCCAUGCCCUCGUCAAUCUCACGUUAUGUCUUCGAUCCUGAUUUCCAGGGCUGCCUUCACCUCUUUACGGACCCUGGCUUAUAGUGGCUCAUCCUCUCACUUUACGGCGCGCAAAGGUUCAAAAUCUUCUUCGUGACCCUAGGCUUUCCGCGCCUUUGGAUGCCCGAGAACCUUCUCGGUCGAGAACAAGAGCACCUAUUUAAUGUGACCCGACAGGGUUUAAACAUUGCAAACGGUUAGACCUUUUGUGAGUAGAUUCGUCAGAUCCACACAAAAUUGUCAUUACUACACAUUAUCUUAUUUUAAACCUCGUCUUCAGCGAGACAGUCUUCCACAACACUAAUUAUAAUAGGCAUUAAACUCCUCUAAACAAAUGUUGAUAUAAAAUUUAAUGAUUUAAAGCGACAGUCGAGAACAAUCAAGUUGGGAUUAAUCAAUAUACGACGUUAUUUGACAUAGAAUACAACAUGAAAAAACUUAAUGCCAUUUUCAUUUUGUAAACCACAUGUAUUUUUACCACUGACUAGUUUGACAGCCCGUUGUUAACAUUCUUAUUUGUUACAAGCAACAAUAUUUUAAUAUAAGUUUUAAAAUUCUUGUAUAAGAUUUUGGUUAUGCAUACAAUUUUUAUUUCACCCAACAAAUCAGAGGUAAACAAAAUAAAUAAAA